UAUAAUAGUACUAGUAGCAGUGGUGGUGGUGGUGUGGUGGUGGUGGAGUAAUAGUAAUAGUAGUAGUAGUAAUAGUAUUAGUAGUGGUACCAGUGCCAGUGUAGAAGCGGCAUGCACGCUUCUGCUGCUGCUGCUGCUGCUUGCUGCUAGACUUUUUGAAGGCGAUCGUUCGGGAAAAGAUCUCUGGGUGUUGUGUAGCAGACUACGAGGAAGAGUUUAGGGUGCUGAGAUAGUUCGUUGAAAAAGGAGGUGAGAAAAGGGUGUCCUCACGAAAGUAUUGCUCGGGGAGAGAAGAGCCAAAGGAAAGAAAGAAAAGGAUCGAGAGAAAGCGCGUGAGAGAAUAUACGAAAGCAGAGAGGAAGAGCGAAACGUCGAACGUUAGUACGCAGAGGAGACAAAGGCCACGGUGACGGCGACGGCGGCGGCAGCGGAGGUGGAGGUGGAGGAGGUGGUGGUGGAGGUAACGGAGGAGGAAGAGGAGGCAACGGUAGCGGCGGCAUAACCUCCAAGCAACGAGAGACCGACGAAGCUGAGUUUCGUGUCGCGCGCGCGUCACGAAAAUAUCCAUCCCCCCUCCUUUUUUCCGUUCGUUGCGUUUUUCGGACGACGAGGACGAGGACGACGAGAACGAGAACGCGUUUAUCGAAGAAGAAGAAGAAGAAGAAGAACAAGAACGUUGCUCGUCCGAUAGUAAAUCGUGAAUCGUUUAUUCGAAGGGUUAUUUUUUCUCUCCCCCUUCCCCCCCGUUCUCUUAUAUCAUACAUCCGUCUCUCCGGGCUUCCAUAACGUCCCGUGUGCGAGCGAGAGAGAAAGGAACACGUGUAUGGAACGACGCGAAAAUUAAUACGAACGAAGAAGGAAUUUUAAUAGAAUAAUCAAAUAAAACGUGGUCGUUCAUACGCGAUAAAUAAACGCGAUCCUCGGUUAUUAUUAUCUUAGUGCUCGGCGAAAUAGUUGAUGGAUGAGACUGGCAGGAUGCUGCAGCACGGAGGUUCGGGUGUCGGUUUGAUGGGAGCUAACCAGGGUCAGGGGGCCCAAAAUACCGCCGGUUACGGCACCAUGGGACCCGUCGAUGGCUCGGCCGCCCAAGGUCCCGAUCAGGCUGUCGAGGCUAGGAAACAGGACAUCGGCGAGAUAUUACAACAGAUAAUGAACAUCACCGAUCAAAGUCUGGACGAGGCCCAAGCGAGGAAACACACGCUAAAUUGCCACAGAAUGAAACCUGCCCUGUUCUCGGUGCUCUGCGAGAUCAAAGAGAAAACAGUACUAUCGUUGAGAAAUACGCAAGAAGAAGAACCACCAGAUCCGCAAUUAAUGAGGCUGGACAAUAUGUUGAUUGCCGAGGGUGUGGCAGGUCCAGAAAAAGGAGGUGGUGCGGGGGCUGCGGCGUCGGCAUCGGCAGCUGCUGCUGCUGGACCACCUGGACAACCUGACAACGCGAUCGAACAUUCGGAUUACCGAGCAAAACUCGCUCAGAUCAGGCAGAUCUAUCAUCAAGAACUCGAGAAAUACGAACAGGCAUGCAACGAGUUUACGACUCACGUGAUGAAUUUAUUGAGGGAACAAAGUCGUACCAGGCCUAUAACGCCAAAGGAAAUCGAAAGAAUGGUUCAGAUUAUCCACAAGAAAUUUUCGAGUAUUCAGAUGCAAUUGAAACAAUCGACCUGUGAAGCAGUUAUGAUUUUGAGGAGUCGUUUCCUCGAUGCAAGGCGUAAAAGACGGAACUUCAGUAAGCAGGCAUCUGAGAUCUUAAACGAGUACUUCUAUUCGCACCUGAGUAAUCCGUAUCCGAGCGAGGAGGCCAAAGAGGAACUCGCACGGAAAUGUGGAAUCACCGUGAGUCAGGUUUCCAAUUGGUUCGGCAACAAGAGGAUACGCUACAAGAAAAACAUAGGUAAAGCGCAGGAGGAGGCGAACUUGUACGCAGCCAAAAAGGCAGCUGCAGCUUUUGCAGGAGCGUCGCCGUACAGCAUGGGAGGUGCAAGCCAAGGGACACCGACGCCGAUGAUGUCACCGGCACCACCGGGCGGACCUCAAGACAUGGCAGGGUACGGGAUGGGGAUAAACGGAAGUGACUAUGGUUCGCAGCCUUACAACGACGGUUCCAUGGGUUACGAUCCUAUGCACCAGUGACGUGCCAGACCGGCCUAAAAAGCUCGCAAAUAAGGGCAAAAGCUCGCCUCGAGUUCGACAAAGAGAGAAAAAGAAAAAGAAAGAUAGAGAGAGAGACAGACAGACAGAAAAAUAUAGAAAAAGAUAUGGGGGAGAGUACAGCCAGGGAUGAUUAAGAAUCAACGAGCCAGGAUAGAAAGAGAAAGAAGCUUCUCCGUUGCAACAAGCACAGGUCUCUUUCUUUAAAUUCGGAUAUGAAAGAAAGAAAAAAAAUAAUAAAAAUAAUAGAAAAUAAAAAAUGAACGAAAGAAUGAACAAAAAUGAUUCGAGGCAGCUUCCUUAAGAAUACGACAACUUUAGAACACGAUGUCUCGAGAUAUGCAUCUCAUACUAUGCGACAAGAUAUCCUAUUUGGCUUGAGAGAGAAAGAGAGAGAGGGAGAGGGAGAGAGAGAGAGAGGGAGAGAGAGAGAGAGAGAGAGAGAGAGAGAGAGAGAGAGAGAGAGAGAGAGAGAGAGAGAGAACGAGUGCAAGCUUCGUCGUAUAUAUAAGGACUUUUCUUUUAUUCACGAGAGCGCACGAUAUCAUCCACGAGUGUGUAUAAUAUAUAUAUAUAUAUAUAUAUAUAUAUAUAUAUAUAUAUAUAUAUAUGGUACGUGUAUAUGUGUGUAUGUGUGUGUGUGUGUGUGUGUCAUAUAUAUAUAUCAUAUAAAUACACUUACACGUACACAUAAUAUAUGUAUACACGCAAUGAUACGCCGAGUAUAUACACGUGAUAGGACGCGAUAGUGCAAUAUUCAUAUAUAUAUAUAUUUCUGACAUUUUUUACGAAUGAAAGAAAAAAAAAUAUACGAAAAAUAGAAAAAGAAAUCUCAUUCAUCUCGAAAUACAUUUUUCGCGAGGUAGAGCAGAGUAUUCGAUUCUUUCAUUUUUUUUUUUUUAAUUGAUCAAAGUAAAAAUCGAUUAUAUAUUUUCUUUCUUUUCUUCUUUUUCAUCUUUUUUCAUCUUUACAAAUUUUGUCUCAUAUAAAGGAUCGGUGCAUAAAAGCAAAUGUGAUAAAUGUUAAUUAAUGAAUUUCUUUUUCUUUUUUUCUUUUUUCCCCCCCUAUUGUUUCAAAACUUAAUGAUAUUCCUAUUCUCAUUUUUCGAAUUUUUUCUUUCUCCAAUCACUAGAAUUAGAUCUCGAUAAGUGUGCAAUAAGAAAUUCUCUAGUAAGACAUAUUCUUUUUUAGACGUAAAAAAAUUUUAAGUAAUAAUUAUUAGAUAGAAUAGUGAUCGACGGAAGACGAUACGAUACGAUACGAUACGAUACGAUACGAUACGAUACGAUACGAUACGAUAUGAUACGAUAUGAUAUAUAUCAGAUGUAGUAGAAAGAUCGAGUCAAGAGUAGAAUUCGUCGAAGUCUCUCGGAACUUAGGAAGGAAAAGAGAGAGAUCCUUUUUAUUUUUCUAUGUAAAGUACCUUGUCGAUAUCCGAGAGAAAACGAUGAUGACGAGGGCAGGGACGAGAAUUAGUAUGUUUAAUGAAAAAUUAACGAUCAGAAAUCCGUAGCAAUUGAAACGUGGAAGCUUUAGAUGAUUCAUUGAAACGAAACAAAAAAAAAUACAAGAAAUACAAGAAAAAUAACGAAUCUCUUCGAUGUACAUACGUAUGUAUAAAAAAGUAAAAAGAAAAAAAUUGCAAUGCGUUCGCUAAAAACAUAAAAAGAAAAAGAAAGGUAAAAGGAAAAAAAGGAACGGCUUUUGAUACUUAACUGCAAAUCUCUACUUUCGUGAUUUACAAAUAAAUGUAGACAAAAAAAAACAAAAAUAUAUACAUGUCGGGAGAAAUCGUAAAGAUCGAUACAUCGAAAAGGAGCAUUCAUCACCGUGAUUUAUCGCUACAUAUCGAAGGUCUCUCCGUUAAAAAUCCUCGCGAUGUGCAUGGCUGCAUGUAGAAUUUUAUAUAUAUAUAUAUAUAUAUAUAUAUAUAUAUAUAUAAUGUGUGUGUAUAUAUACAUGUGUGCGCGCGUAUAUGUGUUAUAUAUAUCUUUUUAUUUUACGUAGUAGUAUACGUGUGUGCAUUUUUCCUUGUCUUUUUCUUUUAUUUUUCGUUUUUUUUUUUUCUGAACAUUUUGAUUUCACUUUUCACACAGGUCUACUUUAUUUUAUUUUUUUUUUUCUUCAUCAUUACGGUGGAAUGAAGAAACCAUCCUUUAAUUUUUUCUCCCUCCUUUUAGUUUUUGGGAUUUAUGAAAAGGCGAAGAACGCGGGUAAAAAUAGCGAGAGUAAGAGCAUGAGGUAGACAAAAAAAAGGGCCUGAGUUUUUCGCCUAUAUUUUACAAGUAGAAAGUAGAAAGUAGCCUUCUCGAUUUCGACGAUAGAAAAAAGAAGUUAAUUUUCUUCUUUUUAUUAUUAUUAUUAAUACUAUUACUAUUAUUAUUAUUAUCAUCAUUUUUUCUUUUCUUUCAUUAUAUUUCGAGUGUGAUGAAUUUUUAAGAAAAUAAUUGCUAGAGAGCAAUGGUUGUAGAUGACGAAGUAGAAAGAAAGAGACAUAUAUACAUAUGAAGAGAGAGAGAGAGAGAGAGAGAGAGAGAGAGAGAGAGAGAGAGAGAGAGAGAGAGAGAGAGAGAGAGAGAGAGAGAGAGAGAGAGAGAGAGUAUGCCUAUGCUAUGUGCUUGUAUGGUGUGUAUGCAAAAAAAAAGAGGGAGAGGUAGAGAGAGAAAAGACGCUAGCUAAGCGAGUCGUGGCUUCGUCGAAGCUUUAGUGACCAAUGACACGCACUUUUGUCGCCAUCACAGGGGAUAAAGACAGAGGGCUAAAAUCAAUUGAAAAAUCGCAAAAAAUGACGCAGGGCAAGGCAUUGGCUGGGGGGCCAGGCGCGACGGGAUGGAUGCAGCAACGCGAGGCUGUUCCCGAAUUUCCGCCGCUCCACGAUUCAGCGGACUCUGAUUCCGACCGAGAAAACGAAAAGCGACCGCGCGUCUAAAACGAUCGUUUUCUUCUCGACAUCUUCUUACGUAUACGUACAGUACAUACUAUAUAGGUGUACAAUAUACCGGUGAUGAGUAAGAGAGAGAAAGAGAGAGAGAGGAUAAUGGAAGAGAACGAGAUGGAAUGAAAGAUACUCUGUGUGUACGUGUGAUUGCAAGCGAGUGAGUAUGAAAUUAGAAUGAAAGAAUGAUAGGCUCGUAAAGAGUAUAGAAAAAGAGAGAGAAGAAAUAAAUAAAAUAUACAACAAGAAGUGAAUUAGUAAUUGGUUAAAAGUAUUGAAAAAUUAUAGGAACAGAAAAAAUUGAGUAGAUACCGACACGCGCACAUACUCCUUCCUCCUUAUCGAUACACAUAGUUACUAUUAUAUAUUAUACACUAUUCGUAAAAAGAAAUAAGGAAAAAAAAACGUGCAUCUCCGAGCUGCAUCAAAGAGGGUAGAGAAAAAAGAGAGAGAGAGAAGCAGUGAUUGUGCUGCUGUUGAUCGUUUCACAUUGUUCCUAACGAUACUCGAUAUUUUCCAAUGUUCUUAACGUAGAACUUUCCUUCUUUUUCAUCCCCUUUUUAUUUUCUUUUUUCUUUCUUUUUCUUUUUAAAGAAUAAUUUUAUCCAAUAUCCACAAUUCAAAGUAAUCUUUACCUCUCGGUUAUGGGCCUAAUGUGAGAUAUAUCGAUCGAUCGAUCGAUCAAGCGGAAAACGCCUGUUUCAUUUUCACGCAAUAUCUCUCGCUUAAAAUUUCGAACGAUUUCGAACAGGCUUUUUCCGCUUUGUCGAGCUCUCUCACUCUAUCACCGGAGUUUUCUUCGUCUUGGCCUUAACGAGCGAAAUAUUGUUUAAGAUUACGAAGUAUUGACGAUAACGAAGAGAAAAAUAGACAAAAGGAAACUCUAAUGUAGCUUCCUUUCUUUCGAAAGACAAUAUGGCGACUUACAAGCGUCUAGCUAACGGAUAGGAAGAAAGAGAGAAAUAGAAUGAAUGAAUGAGAAUGGAUGUCUGAAUGAAUGAAUGAAUGAAUAAGAGAGAUAGAGAAACGAUUAAGAAAACGAAGAAGAAGACGAUAACGAAGAUGAAGAUGAAAAAGCAAAAAAAAACUCUGAGCACGAAGAUGAUCGAUUAUUUUACUCUUUUUACACACCUACUAUAUUUAUAUACAAAUAUAUACUACAUAGAUAUAUACGAAUAAGUAUCGCUAUAUCGUACACGAGAAAAAACUUCGUAAAAACGAGAGAAAAAAAGAAAGAAGAAAAAAUAACAAUCUUAUCCUCCCUCUUUAUCUUCGGCUUAAUUUUUCGUUUAAUUUUUGUAUUAUUAAUAUUAUUUUUUUUGUUCUACUAUUUUUUUAUUAUUAUUAUUAUUGUUGUUAUUAUUAUACUUUACUAUCUCGAAUUACAUUUCUCCGCACGCGUUUGAAUUUUUAUUUCUGCACUCUUUUUUAACUUAUUUUAAUUAUCUUUCAAUGAACGAGUUUAUAUGAUAAAUAGAGAGGGAGGAGAAAAAGAAAGAAAGAGAGCGAGAGAGAAUGAGAGAAAGAGAGAGAGAGAGAGAGUAUGCAUGUGCAAAUGAAAAGGCCUAAUGUUUUACAGUUUUUUUUUUUCUAAACUUGUGUUAGCGAAUUUUUUUAAUCAAGGCGACCGUGUAACUCCUGAAUCCGAAAUCCGUACGAUUAUUAUUAUUAUUAUUACUAUUAUUACUACUACUACUACUACUACUACUAUUAUUAUUAUUAUUAUUAUUAUUAUUAUUAUUAUUAUUAUUAUUAUUAUCAUUAUUAUCAUCACUAUUAUAUAAUUUAAUUGCAAUUGUAUAUGCUAAUGUCGGUAUUUUGGAGUAUGUUGUAUUAAUGGUUCUGAGUUCCGAAUUUUUCUAAGUUUUAUAAGUUCAGAGCUUUCAAAAGAAAAGAAGUGUGUGUGUGUGUGUGUGUGUGUGUGAGAGAGAGAGAGAGAGAGAGAGAGAGAGAGAGAGAGAGAGAGAGAUUCUAAGUUCGAACAGGGGACAACCGAUGCGAUCGAUGCACAUAAGUCUCUUCUUUUCGUUUCUUUUUCGUUUCCCAUUUUCUCUUCCAAUCCUGGAGAACGACAAAGAAGAGGUAAUGAUGAUCGUUGUUUUUUCUUUCUUUUUUUGCUUAUUUAUUUCUUUCUUUCUUCCUGUUAUUUUUCUAUGUAAUUAAUUUUCUUCUUUUUUUUUUUUUAUUCCAAUCAAAAGAAAAGUAACAUUUUUAGCGUAUAUGAUUAAGUAUUAUACGAAAAGAAGAAAAGAACAUAUUGUGCGUGCAUGAGAGCAAUAUUUCGAACGAAUCGAAAAAUUCGAUCUAUGUUUCUCCUAUCUCUCUUAAAUUUUCUUCCCGUUUUUUGUCGUUGUGUUGUGUUUGUAAGGUAACGAUUUACUAGCACGGAACUUAAUUAAAAUUAUCGUUCGCUAUCGAUAUCUUUCUUUUUUUUCUUUAUUUCGGAAUGUGAGAGACAUAUACAUACAUACAUACAUACAUACAUACAUACAUACAUACAUACAUACAUACAUAAAUAUAUAUAUAUAUACAAUUUUACACACACACACACUUUAUACGUACAGAAUAAAGAUGCACAUAUAGACAUAUAUAUAUACACGCACGUAUGUGAUACCAGCUCCGGUAAAAAAUAAGCUAACGCGUGAAAAUUAAUUUUCCAGAUAAAUACUUUUAAAGUUAUACACUUCAUAAUGAAGUUUUAUUAUUUAAUAUGUACUUGAUUUUAACUGUUUAUUUUUAACUCAAUAAUUAUUCUAAGAAAUUGUGGUUGGCAUGCUCAAUGUAAAGAACGCACAUACUUUUGUUUUAAAAAAUAUAUAUCUUUUUUUUUCGCACGUUAAUCCUUUUUCGACAAAACAACAUUAUAUUAAUACUAUUUUGUCGAGUUUAGUAUGCCCGUAAAAUUUGCCUUUGCUUCAUUGAUCGGAUGAGUUUUUUUUUCUGAAAAACAAGCGAUCGAAUUAUCGAUUAUAUAUGCACACAUAUGUAUGUAUGUAUGUAUAUAAGGAUGUAUGUAUAUAAGGAUGUAUGUAUGUAUGUAUCUAUGUAUGUAUGUAUGUAUGUAUGUAGAUAACUAACAAUAAGAUCGCCGACCGUAGAACUCCUAUAAAUCGUUUUUCCUUUUACAUUUUAUCGAAGAAGGAAAAUACGAUUUUUCUUUCUCUUCCAUUUUCCCCAUUCUCUCUGUCUCUCUCUCUCUCUCUCUCUAUCUCUCUCUCUCUCUUUCUCUCUCUCUCUCUCUCUCUCUUUCUCUCUUCUCUAUUUCUCGAAGACCACACUGGACUCUAUGCUAUUUUCCUAUCUACGUGAACGUGUUCGUCGAUUACACAUAGACACCUUUCUAUUCCUCUUAGUUGAACAUAUAUACAUGACCCUAAUAGGUACAUAUAUAUUGUGUAUACGUAGAUAUAUACGUAUCUAUAUUAGAAAAAAUAUAUAUAUAUUCUAUACUUUCGUAUAUCCAUACAACCAAAACUCGCAUGUGUUAUUUCAAUAUUUGCUGAAAAAGUAAAGAACAGAACAUGGAAUAGAAUAGAAAAGAAAGAAAGAGAGAGAGAGAGGGUGGGAGGGAGGGAGGGGGAAAGAAAGAAAAAGAGAGAGAAAGAGAGAGAAUGAGUGAGUGAAUGAGUUAUUGAGCUAAUGAGUGAAAGAAAUAGAGAUAAUAAAGAUAUGAUACCCGUUCAAAAAAGAGAAUGAAAGAGAGAGAAAGAGAGAGUUUGAUCUUCCGAUGUGCGCGCGCACAAAGCAGUAGCUUGAAAAAGUUGUCUUUUGAAUUUAUCUUUUGAGUAUUAUAUAGAAUAUAUGAAUAUUGCGAGCAGACAUAUAUACAAAUACAAACGUACGUACUUACUAUAUAUGAUUUACGUGUAUACGAGCUCGAGAUGUAUGUAAUCGGACGAAGAGUGACCAAAUUGAUAAAAAAGAAAUAUAUAUGAACGAAAGAACCCCUUCCCCAUAUCCACCCCCCCAUUUCCCUCCAGAAAAAAAUAAAAAAAAAAGACAACGAGACAGAACGAUCAUAUAUAUAUAUAUAUAUAUGAAAUUAAGAUAAAAAUUUAAGGAUGUGCCUCCUCCUCUCUGCAUGUGAAACUUUUUCACGUCACUGCCAGAUAGCGCGCGUACACGGCCGAAUGCUGUUUGCUUUCAGGAGCUGUCGCCUUGAAAUCCUUAGGAGAAAUGCGCAAGAAGAUUUGCAAAUCCGAAAAUAAGAGAGUAAAAAAAAAAAGAAAAGAAAAGAGAAAAACGAAAUGAAUAAAAAAAAGAUUUAUUGUCGAUAGGAACGCAUUAAAGAAUGAUAUCGUAAGAAAAGUCAAAAGCAACAAACAAAAAAGUAAAAGUAAAAAUAAAAUUUAAAAAAAAAGGAAGGAAGGGAAGAAAAAAAAGAAAGAAAUAAAGAAUUACGAAAGAUUUACGAAAGAAAGCAGGCAAUCCGAUCACCUCACUAUCUGUGAUCCGAUGCUCGUCACUCGUUGACGAGUUAUACGAUACUAAAAUAUUGAUAUAUUAAUUUAUUAAGAAAGUGAAAGAGAGAAUAUGUGUAAAAGCGAGCUCGGCGUGCUCGGAAGCGUUCGUUCGCGUUAAUAAUUCAUCGAAGAGUAGCGAACUACUCCUACGUUGCUAAAUGAUAUAAUUUGUUUAAAAAAAUUUGUUUAAAAAAAGAAAAAAUAAAAACAAAAAAUAAGAAAAGUUAAUUCGUCACGUCGAAGAGAUAUAAGAUAAUAUAGGCAUUUGUAUUACCGAUAGAGCACGAUCGGUAAGUAAGAAUCCUGUUAUGCGUUGACCCUCGUAGAGAUGCUCCAAGAAAAAAUCAGACCAAACAUAUUUUUUCUUUUGCAUUUUUUUUUAUUUCUUCCUUUUUUUAUUUCUUUCUAAAAAAAAGACUUCCCAUGGUUGCUGAUGCUGCUGAUUAGCACUGAGAAUGAAAUUAUUCUACCAUCUAACUUUCUUCCCUUUUCAUCCUCUUUUUCCUCUCUCUUUCACCUUUUCUUUUUAUUUCUUAUUUUUAUUUUUUCUUCUUUGUUUCCUCUUCCUUUUCUUUUAUCAGUAAAAACUCGCGGAAUCGUUAAAGAACGCUUCCGGGCUUCGACGACAUCAUCUUCCUCCCGGUGGUAAAACGAAGAGAAAGCAAAAGCGAAAAGAUGCGAGAGAGAGAGAAAGAGAAGAGAGAGAGAGGAGAGAGAGUGAGAGUGACAGUGAGAGUGAGAGUGAGAAUGAGAGAGAGAGAGAGAGAAAGAGCGAGAGAGAGAGAGAGAGAGAGAGAGAGAGAGAGAGAGAGAGAGAGAGAGAGAGAGAUCGUACGAGAAGAAACGAGAUACAAAAAGAAACGAAGCAAUGGUCUUGCGAUGAUGCAACAUUAAUGUAUACGAUUUUUCAACAUGAAAACAUUAUAUAUUGUAGCUAUACAUAUAGAAGUAUAUUAAAAAAAAAAAAAGAGGAUAGUAUCUAGGCAACUGUAAUGGCUAAGUACAUCAUUGUAACGGCGAUGCUAAUUAAUACGGCAGAUAUUAUUAUAAUUAUUAUUAUUAUUAUUAUUAUCAUCAUUAUGAUUACUAUUAAUAUUAUUAUUACUUAUUAGUGAUAUUAUAAACACUUCUCGAUAAUUAUUGCACUGUGAUGAUCGCACUGCAAUCGUAUUAUUAUUAUGGAAAAUGAUGGUGAUAACUAUUAAUAAUUAUUAUUAUUAGUUCUGAUAAUAUAAUAAUAUUAUUAUUGUUACUAUUAUUAUUAUUAUUAUGAAUAUUUUAAUUUUUAUUGUCUAUAAAUAAGAGUUAUUAUGUUUAGCUUUGAAUUCCUGGAUUAACAUUUAAAUACGAAUCGACGAUUAAUAUCGAGAAUAGACAAUGUGCGGCUCUGCUAUAUUCUCUUAUGAGUUAUAUUUUAUCGUUAUAUUACGAUAAAUUGCGAAGGCGACGAUUUAUUACCUAGCUCGUAGGAAAGAAAACAACAAACAAAAAAAAAGAACAAAAAGAAAAAGAAAAGAAAUAAAAAAGAUAUCCCAUUUAUUGUAUAAACGAAGGCGAGGCAAAGGUGAACAAAAUUAUGAGUAUCCUCAGAAUGAUUACGUGGUUAUAACUCUCUUGUUAAAUAAUACGUCGCGGGCUAAGCGAUCGGUUAAGGAUCGGUCACAUGUGAUAUCAAAAAUAAUAAUCGAUUCUAAACGCGAAACAAGCCUUUAUAUAUCUCGUUCCUUCUUACGUUUAUAUAUAUAUAUAUAUAUAUAUCACAAAUACACGUAUGUUACACGUAUUUACACACCCACACCCACACCCACAUCCAGAUCCACACCAACAUUACGAUUUCUAACAUCUUAUAAUAAAAAUUUAGAAGAGAAAUUUCCAGCCGAACGAACGAAUGAACGAACGAGAAGUAGAACUAGAACAAGAACGAGAACGAUCUAACGAUCAAUAUAAAUCUAUUUGAUCUUUGACCCGUCUUUGGCCGAACGUUAAGCCGAUACGCGCGACCAGUACAAGUGCGUUCAGCACAGCUAGUAUACGAGAAAAAGAGCUCCUUUGAAGUUCGCUAUGAGCGCACGCGCCUUUGUGCGUCCCUUAUAGGCACUACCUAACAUUUAAUAAAAAAUAAUAAUAAAAAAAAAUAAGGAGAGAGAGGAAGAGAAAGACAGAGAGAGAGAGAGAGAGAACAAUAAACAAAUCAAGAAAUACAAAUGACGAUAAUGGAAAAGAAAAAGAGGAAGAAGAAGAAGAAGAAGAAGAAGAAGAUGAUAAAAAAGAAGAUGAGGAAAAGGAAAAAGAAGAAAAGGAAGAGGAAGAUGGAGGAGGACUAUGAUGAGAGAAGGAGAUGAGAAGUAAGAGAUAAAGAAAUAAUAAUAAUAAUAAUAAUAAUAAUAAUAGUAAGAAGAAGAAGAUAAAAAAAAUAAUAAUAAUGAGAGAAAAAAUAAUGUUUAACAUUUAUGGAUACGUGAUAAUAAUAUAAAAUAUUAUAUAUUCAUAUUCCUUGCUCCCCCUCCAAUCGAUUCCCUUCUCCUCUCUAAAACAACCUCCACUUCCAUUUUUAUGAUCGAAAGAAGACGAAGGAGGGUUAUGUACGUAAAAAUAGGAACGUCAGCCAGAAUUGAAAACUUGAUAUACGUGAGAAAGAAAUGAAACAAAGAUAAAAAAGGAAAAAAAAAAUGAUAUAUAAGAUCGAACAAACGAGAGGAAAAUAAAGUAAUAUAGAAAGCGAAAGACAGAGAGAGAGAGAGAGAGAGAAAGAGAGAAUAACAUCUAAAACACGAUAAGACACACGCCAACAUUGUUAUUACAUUUAUGGUUUUUUUUCCUCGCGGAUACGACGAAAACUUCUUCUUCUCCGUGCUAACGCCGAACGUCUAUUACUAAGAAUACUAACUGAGAUCAGACAAAUUAUGGGAAUUACGUAUAAUCGAGUUUUCGAAUUGUAAUAUUAUUGCAAAAUGAACGAAACACGCUUUCGAGCGAGAAAGGAAGUUAUCGUCGCGUCCAGAAAUACGAAUGGUAUACCACAGAAAAAAAAAAUAAAAAACAUUGUAUCAAUUGAAAUCAUUAUGAUAAACUUAAUAAAAUGCUCGAAAAGAUCUAA